CCUAGAUAUAUAUACGCGUCCGAUCUGGUCUACCCACACACCCCCCCUAGGAACCUGGAACACAUGCCAUGCGACACGACGACCGGGGUUUUCCCAGGAUGAAUGGAUCGGCAACGGAAGAUUAGAAGCUGUUGCGCACAGCCCAGCCGGUGGAUCUGGUGGAGUUGGUGGAGUCUGUCUUCUUCUGUGUGCGUCAUUUGCUGGGAUAAUUACUCUUUCUUACCAGGCGAACGAUGGGGUUUAGGUUUGGGAAUACCGGCACAUGCAAACGUGAUGACUUACAUGGAAGCGCAAUGACAUCCUGUGUACCGAGUCACACAAUGAAUGAUGAUUGUGAAGGACUGUGUGUUUGGGACGGGCAUGAAGGGAGAGGUGGUGGACAGCUGAGAAGUGCGCCAGAAGCGAGGAAUGAAGCGGGCUGGCGGGCCUCCUCCGGUCUCUUUUUUUGACGUGCAGUGCAUUGCUCACGGACGCGACCAAUUGCUGCUAAUCAUGGAUUUCAUAGAUUCAUCGUGGCGCGGCUGGUCAGAUCUACGUAUGCCAUGCAAACUAUCACUAGAACCUAUCCCCGAUCUUGACUUAGGCGAAGGAUUAGUGCUCGUAGAUUGGGGGGACUGGAACUGGAACUGGAGCUUCACCAAACACACACCUACCCAACACCCUCGUAAUCUGCCACCUCCAUUUCUUGUCUUGUCCUCUCUGCUCCCACUCUCUCUCCCUCUUCCACCAUCGUCACAUUCUUUUCAUUCUUCGAUUCCCUACCUCAUCCUCCUACCACAUUUCCUAAUUCUCUUUUCUUUUUUCAGCCCUCCGAGACAGCUAACUGGACGACUGCAAUUGGCUUCGGAGCUGCUGUCUAGGGUCUGGUCCUACCACCACCACCACCCCCGACCCGACGCCCACGUCACGUCAGGCUUAGCUACUUAUACAGCUACCAUAACCUCCUCCUGCAAACAACCUCAGCCCGAGCUUCAAGCUUCACGGAUCUUUGUCCAUAGCCUGCUCAUCAUUAACAAGUGCUGCGAUUGGCAUAUGUGAUUGACCAUGGCAACGCAACGGUCUGAAGCAGAGCUGAAG